AACUUUUGGGCCAACUUUCUCGACUUCGUCGCGGAGUUGCGGGAGCUCGCCCGGCUUCCUUCCCCGCGGGGGCUCCCCCUCCCCAUCUGCGCCCGGGGCGUGGAGUUCAGUAGGAUGGUGGUGGUGUACAACGGCGGGGCUUGCGUGCUGCUCAACUAUCUCCUCCUCCUGCUGGCUGGAGCGAAGCAAAGCCGGGACCCUGCCGCCACCAGCUGCGAGCUCCAGAGGAAACAAAGUGAGCUGAACUCCUUCCUGUGGACUAUAAAGAGAGAUCCACCAUCUUACUUUUUUGGCACGAUUCACGUCCCAUAUACCCGGGUCUGGGAUUUUAUCCCCGAGAAUUCCAAGAAAGCCUUCCAGCAAAGCCAUAUUGUCUACUUUGAGCUGGACCUCACAGAUCCUUACACGAUCUCUGCCCUUACCAGUUGCCAGCUCCUGCCGCAGGGUGAGAACCUUCAGGACGUGCUCCCCAGGGACAUUUACCGUCGGCUCAAGCGCCACUUGGAAUAUGUCAAGCUUAUGAUGCCAUCUUGGAUGACUCCAGACCAACGGGGCAAAGGACUGUACGCUGACUAUCUCUUCAAUGCUAUUGCGGGCAACUGGGAGAGGAAAAGACCCGUGUGGGUAAUGUUGAUGGUGAACUCUCUGACAGAGGUGGACAUUAAGUCCCGUGGCGUGCCAGUCUUGGAUCUCUACCUUGCCCAAGAAGCAGAACGUCUCCGAAAGCAGACUGGGGCAGUAGAAAAAGUAGAGGAACAGUGCCAUCCGUUGAAUGGUCUGAAUUUUUCUCAGGUGAUCUUUGCUUUGAAUCAGACACUUCUGCAGCAAGAGAAUCUCCGCGCCGGCAGCCUUCAGAUCCCUUACACGACGGAGGACCUUAUCAAGCAUUACAACUGUGGAGACCUCAACUCCAUCAUCUUCAAUCAUGACACGUCUCAAGUCCCAAAUUUCAUCAAUGCCACUUUGCCUCCUCACGAACGCAUCACCGCUCAGGAAAUCGACAGCUACUUUCGACAGGAGCUUAUCUAUAAGCGGAAUGAGAGAAUGGGCAAAAGGGUGAAAGAUCUGUUGGAAGAGUAUCCUGACAAAAGCUUCUUCUUCGCGUUUGGAGCAGGUCAUUUCAUGGGCAACAACACAGUGACUGAUGUUUUGAGGAGAGAAGGGUACGAGGUAGAACACACCCCUGCUGGACAAGCUGUGAACAGCGGGAAGAAUCAAAAGGCUCUGUCUGCCCUCUCUUCAUCUUCCCCAGAAUAUGCUUCCUACAUCAUCUCCCAGGAGCUCCACCCUUCCCGACAGCAUCCGCAGAAGGAGGAGGAGGAGGAAGAGCUGCUGCCUCACUUGCUGCUGCCUGAAAGUAUCGACUUGCUGGAGAAAGUGGACAGGAAAUACAAGAAGAAAAAGAAGAAGCAGCAGCAGAAAAAGCAGCGCUUGCGCCAGUUCAAUGACCUCUGGGUACGCAUCGAGGAAAGUGCCACUGAUCCACCUCCUCGAAUCCGAAUAAUUAAUGGAUACAUUACUGUGGAGCCCCAGCCACGGGGACACGGGCGUUCCAGUCACAUCCAGACAGAUACCAGCUUCUCCAGUGGUCUAUUUCCGUCCCUCCACACUUUAGCAUUGACUUUGGUGCUGCCUACGUUGAUGAUGCUGGUGCUGGAGUGUAUCUUCUAAGCAGAACUUCACAUUCCUUGGUGAAAGGAUGCUGAGGGGAAAACGAGGACUUUUGUGAAUGGGAGGUCAUCUGUGGGAAUUUUCUUUUUAAAAAAGGGCUCAUCCUUUUCCUGAAUCUGGACCAUUAACAUGAUUA